AUGAGUAGUUGCCAUGUUGGCGUAGACAUCGGCACAUCCUCCAUUCGAGUGACAUACGACUCCCAAGUCCAUGAACUACCCAUUACUACAAACAAGGGAGGCAAAUUCAUUACUCAAUCAUCAAUUGCAAUCUACAACUCUCUUUUACAACUACUACCAGCAACCACACACUAUGACUCCAUUGCCAUAUCAGCCACAUGUUCCACAGUUAUUACCAAAAAGGUAAAUGAUGGGUCCCACUUAGAGCCGUUCAAUUUAGAUCCAAUCGGUGACAGUGACAGCACCAACAGCAGCACCAACAGCAGCACCAACAGCAGCACCAACAGCAGCACCAACAGCAACACCAACGUCAUACCAUCUGACAUUUUGCUAUGGAUGGACAAUUCAGCAGUACAAGAAACUCAGUAUCUUAACCGGUUAAACACACCAGAAAUUAGUCUAGCACGACGCCAAUUGGGUGGCAAAUUCGUGGCCGAGCUCGGUCUACCCAAGUUGAAAAUGAUUCAAGACUUGUACGGAGGAGAAGAAGGGGAAGAUUUAGUAUGUUUUGAAUUGUAUGAUUGGAUCAGCUACUUGUUGAAAUACGGCAUCAAGGACGGGAAGGUCGCAUACUAUCCGCUACAAAACAUGGUCGAAACUGAGCGGUGCGCAAUCGACGGGUCGAUCAAAGGAUGGUCCACAACACUACUUAGAGAAGCUGGAAUUGCCAUUGAGAUUGGCGGAUUGGGCAACUUUAAUGGCGUGAAUGGAGUAAUUGGAACCCCCAUUGGCACAGCCCACUCUUCGAAUGCAGUCAUUGGACACGGUUGCAUCGAUUGCUACGCGGGCUGGAUCAAUUCACACAUGGAUGCAACAAACUCCUGUUUUAUGGUUGCUGGAACAUCCACGUGUUUUAUCUACCAAGGCAGGCAAAGAGAAUUUCAUGACGGGAUGUGGGGACCUUACCAAAUUGCUAAAACUGGCCAGUACUUGUAUGAAUUUGGCCAACCGGCAACUGGCAAAUUAUAUGAGCGAUUGUUUGACAAACAUGGGAUAGCGAAAGCUGACUACGCGGCCACUUUCAAACGAUUAGAAGAAGAAACUAGAGCAAGGGGAAACAUACACGAGCAACUCAAGGGGUAUUUCUACUAUGGAGAUGUGUAUGGGAACAGAACACCGUACCAGGAUGGCAACAUGUCGGAGAUGAUUGUCGAUAACCCCAAUGGUCCAUUUGGGCCAAUCAUCAGCACCAGUGCUUAUUCAAGAUCACUACUUGCCGAAUACAACCUCAUUAUGGAAUUUCUCGUAUUCCAAACAAAACAAUUGAUAGAACCUUUGCAGAUUGACACAUUGACCGUUUCCGGCUCUCAGCUGAAAAACACCCAUUUCUUGCACCUUUUAGCUGACGUGUGUGACGUGUCAGUUAAAGUAACCAACGAUGAUUGUUGUGAAGGAGCUGCCAAAAUUGGCCACAUUGCACAACUAUUACAUCACAAUGAGAGUUUGAACUACAAUGAUGCGUUUGAUAAAGUGACAAGCGAGAAUCAGACUACAAAAGUGGUGAAUCCUAGAGGUGGAGCAAGUGGUGGGGUUAGCGACGUUUCAAAGACUGAGUUGUCGUUGUUACUCGUCAAGUACGAAAUUUAUUUGGAUAUGGCAGAUAGACAAAGACGGUAUAGAGAUAUGAUGAGAUAG